UUUUUACCUUAUUUCGUCUGGUGCUCCAAAGCGAAGCCAUGGCGACGAAAGGCAAACUCUCCUCGCCACAGGACUCCCAGCUGCAGUCCACGCAGCUGCCCUCCACGCGCUCGGCGGAGCGCAGCUCGCUGGACGCCUUCAGCUUCAACGCCUCCGAUCGGAGGUAUGUCACUGUCUCAUCUGGUGGCGCUCAAGUAGGAGGAGGCUCCUACAAUGCUUACUUCGAGGACCACUUGUCGCGGCUGCAUGCAGACAUCGAGCUGACGACUCGGAAGCUGGAGCUGGAGCAGAGGCGAUUAGCCAAGCUGGACAAGGACUUAACAGCCGCAGAGUCGGAGUACACCCAGAAGCAGCAGAAGUACAAGGUGCUGCAAAGCUCCCAGGAGGACGCCCAGGGCCAACGCCACAAGGAGCUCCUGCAGCUCGAGAGGCAGCUGGACCUCAAGAUCUCGAGUUACAACCGGCUCAACGCCCACAACGACGGGCUGCGAGCCCAGAUCGACCAGCUGCGCAAAGAGCGGCAGCUCUUGGAUCAGGUCUUCAGGAAGGUGGAGAACUCCAUCCGCGGCAGCAGACGGGCGAUCGAAGAGGCCAACUCGGAGAUCAACAACAACAAGUGCGAGCACGACAAAAUGCAGCAGCGGUGCCAAGCCUUAGGGAAGGCCUUGGAGCGGGAGAGGAAGAACUUCCAGACCAAUACCGAGGAUCUGAAGAAGCAGAUUCGUGAGCAGAACCAGAAGGCGCGAGAGCAAGAGCUGCUGAGCCGCGCAGGGAGGACGGACAAGAGCGAGGAGAGGCGUGGUGCGUCCCGGAGGAAGAAUUACAUGGUCGCGGAUGAGGAGGAGGCCUUUUCGGAGAGCGCGAUGCACCGGCGGAUCCUGAAGGUUUGCUUCCUGAACACCAUCCAGCGCAGGCACAUCAAGCAGCAUAUGAAGAACAUCGAGGUCUUCGAGCAAGCCUUCUCCACCAUCAAGUCCAGUACCUUGAUCAGUGACAUCGAGGAGAUUGUGAAGAUCUUUGUAAGCCUCGAGCAGCGGAAUUUCAGUUUGCUGACCUACGUCAACCAGCUGAACAGGGACAUCGAGACCAUUCAGAUUCGGAACAAGGAGCUGCAGGCCACCAUCGAUGCACGGAACCCCGAGGGGCCGGCGGAUCCAUGGAAGGACAUGAACCCACACGCCUCGGAGAACUUCCCGGCGGUGCUGACCUACGCGGGGAAGCAGGUGGCAGAACAGGGCCAUGACGCGCGAGCUUUGGCCGAGAUCAAGCAGCAAAUCCAGAAGACGCUAGAUGCCACUGAAGAGAAGGACCACGACGUGGCGGCUUUGUCCAAAUAUCUGGAAGAGUGCCGGCCAAACAUUUGGAACAUCGUCAAGUUCCUCAAGGAGGAAAUCCCGAGCCUGGUGGAGCAGGGCUACGAGGGGGACUUGCCCGCCAUGAAGAUGUCAGCGCCGGACGAGCAUGACGGUCAGAUGAAUCACCAUUUGAUGUACGUCGAGGAGGCACUGAUGCUCUUCAGGGCAUGCCUGGGCUCGGCAGACAUGCGGCACACCGGGGUGCAAGCCAAGCAGCCGGCGGGCCUGAAGAAGCCCACGGACUUGCCCUCCAUGGCGCACUUCACCUUGGCCAACGCCCCCGACGACGACGACGACGACGAAGCUGGCAUCGAGACCUCGACUUGGACCCGUAGCGAGCUGCGGCACAAGGCGCAGCAGAACAUCGCGCGCCGGCGGCGGAAGCCAGGGCAGACAGGAAACAAGCUCUCAAUGGAGGAGCGCCGCGCGGACUAUGACGAGGAGGGCUCCUCCAUGCGGAGGGAAGGCUCGCUGCCGUCGAAGGAGCUAGGAGAGGCGCCGCAGUUUAGCAAGAGCUCCAGCAUGGUGGACAACAAGACGGAGGAGACCGGUCGCGACGAGAUGUGGUGGCGUGGAGCCGGCCGGGAGAAGAAGAAGUGACCGCGGAACCGCCGCGGUCGCGACGGGCUUCGGGCUUCGCCGUGCGACGGGAGGGUUCAAAGUUGGGGGGAU